UUUGUGAUUCAUUAAGUCGUUCGUGUAUCGGUAAUAUAUAACAAUGAGAAGAAAUUGUAUUCUGAUCCUGUAAUAUCAGAUUCAGUAAUGACUUUAAAAGAUUGCAAACUUAAGCUGCCACAAUCACUUUUGCCUAUGCAAAAGACUGAAUAAUAAUCCUCACCAUACCAAGCGCCUCUGCAACAAAGACUAAACGUAAACAAAGCGUUUUGAGAUUGCCGGCAUUUUUAGAAGAAAAUUAAGGGGUCUACAAUCCAAAGAAUAUCAAAAUGAGUAAAGCCCAUCCACCAGAGUUAAAGAAGUAUAUGGAGAAGAAAAUCAAUUUGAAGCUGAAUGGAGGCAGACAGAUCACAGGAGUACUACGUGGAUAUGAUCCCUUUAUGAACUUGGUGGUGGACGAAUGUCUGGAAGAAACUAAACUGGGAGAGAGGAACCAAAUAGGCAUGGUGGUUGUCAGGGGCAACAGUAUCAUCCUACUGGAAGCUUUGGACCGGAUUGGAUAGGAAUUCCAGUUGAGUAGAUUUGGGCAGCAGUGAUUGAUGACCGUUGUUUUUAUUGACUGGAUGAGAGUGGACCAGAGUGUGAUGUUGUGUUCAUAGUGCCCUGGGAGCGUGGGACACAGUUAUAUGUAGCUGGAUGAGCGUCAUUAUAAACUUAAAUCAUGAAACUCAUUGUACUUCAUAAUUCACUGUCAUUUAUGAUGUUUAUUUCGUCUUUUUUAUUAAAGAAUCUAUAAAGUG